AUGGAUUAUGAUGAAGCGCGAGAGCUCGAUACGGAGAUCUACCCCGGGACGGAGAUCAUGGCAGAUGUGGGAACGCAUCACUUUGUGAAGGCGUCGUCGAAGUCAGAUCGUGUCCUUGUUCCUCAGCCAUCGAAGGAUCGACAUGAUCCUCUGAACUGGAGCAAGUUGUGGAAAAUAAUCACCAUUUGCUUGUCCACUGCCGUGUCCUUCAGUCAGGGUCUAGGACCUCUGGCUCUAGCGCCAAUGUUCCCCCAGCUGAUGGAGACGUUCGACACGGACUAUGCCUCUGUGGUCAAGUUCACGGGUGUGUGCAUUCUCGUCUUGGGGUUUAGUAACUUCUUUUGGAUUCCUUUGCAGACUGUCUAUGGCCGACGACCGGUUUUGAUUUUCUCCACUCUUAUCUGUUUGGUUAGCAAUAUAUGGAGAGCCGUGGCAACUUCCUAUGGAAGCUAUAUGGGAGCUUGUGUCCUCAAUGGGUUUGGUGCUGGGCCUGCAGAGACAUCCCAGCCAGAGAUUAUUGCGGAUACGAUAUUUUUGCACGAAAGGGGCUCUUUCAAUACCCUUUACUUCACAUUCUAUUUCGGUUCGCUCAUGGUCGGCCCUAUAAUUGCUGGUCCAAUGGCUCAACAUGUUGGCUGGCGCAGCUUCUUCUGGUUCAAUGCCGGUCUGCUCGGGCUAGUCCUUGUUCUGGUCAUUUUCCUCUUCCCAGAAACCAAAUGGCACCGGAUUCAUCCAGAAGAAAUUCAUGGACAGGUGUCAAAUGGUUCGGAUACAGCAUUACAACCGGAAAAGCCCGCUGAGACGUCUCAUCAGGAGGAUGUCUCGACAGAGAGAGACGAGCAAACAGAUCCAUGGCUUGGCAAAGGGUAUCCAUCGAAGCAGCAGUUCAAACUAUGGCAGCUAGACGACCACAGUACGCAAAAGCUACUUAGUAGCUUCUGGAUUCCGUGGAAGCUACUGUGCUUUCCUAUUAUCGAAUUCGCUGCCUUCAAUGUCUCCUGGUCGGCCAGUGUGUUUCUAACUCUGAACCUCACCCAGAGCGAGGCCUUUGCCGCACCUCCAUAUAACUUCCCCAGCCAGACAAUAGGGCUCUUCAACUUUGCCAUCUGGAUCGGAACUUUCAUCGGACUGGCGACUAACGGACCUCUCUCGGACUGGAUCUCGAUGAGAGCCACUAAGAGGAACCGCGGGAUCCGGGAACCAGAAAUGCGACUGCCCGCGAUCAUCCCGUAUGUGAUCGUAUCCAUAAUUGGCAACUUUGUGGUGGCAUUUGGAUACCAAUAUCAAUGGGACUGGAGGGCCAUUGUCAUAAUCGGAUACACUGCGGCAGGUAUCCAGGUUGCUGCCAUCCCAGCCAUCACCAGCACCUACGCAGUCGAUAGCUAUAAGCCCGUUAACCUCUGGGGCUAUGGAUUCAGCGAGUUCAUUACACCCUGGGUAGAGAAGAGUGGUUUCGUGAGGCCAAUUAUGUUGAACAUGUCGCUAGCGGUUCUAUGGUGUCUCUUUGCGAUUCCCUUUUACUUUUAUGGAAAGCGUUUGCGGAAGUGGACGGCCAAAUCCUCCGUGCACAGGAUGUAG